AUGGGUACUGCUGUUUGAUGUGCCGAAAGUAGGAAGAAUGAGUAUGAUAUGACUGAAGAGGACCGGAGGACUAAAUUCAAGAAUAUCAUAGAUACUCCUACCUUAUUCGAGCGAGACACCUCCCCUGCUGCUCAAGACAAAAUCGAAGCAAGGCAAAAGUCAUGGAAAGAUGAAGAAGAUAAGAAUUAUAUCCAGGUUAAAGCACCUAAAUAGAGAGAAGAAGAAAAAGAAGCCGGCAAAUAAGCCUAGAAAAUUAUCAAAAGUUAAUGAAGAACAAGUUCAGAAUACAAAAUAAGCCAAGGAUGACAAUGGAAGCUAUACCAAGUCUAUCCCAUGUGAAUUAUAAAGUAGACUUCUUCGAUCAAAACAGAGAAGAGGAUUAUAAGAAGGAGAUAGAUCAACAGGUUCUAGAAGUGAUCAAAGCUCUUUCAAAGACUAAAAUUGAAGAUUAUUCAAACAUUGAUAGAUAUGACUUCAAAACCAUCAGAAAUUUCCUUGUUGCUAACAAGUGAGACAUCGACGAGGUUAUUGGAUUAAUCACAAAAGAUAUUAGUUGGAGGAAGAAGAAAUUUCCCUUUGAGACUGCCCUUCUGACCCUUCCAUUAACCUCAGAGCGGAUAUAUCUCUAUGGAUCGGAUAAAGACAUGAACCCAUGUUUCUACUUUAAGCCAUUCUCAAAAUUGGGGAAUUUCUAUGAUGCGAAGGAAUCUGCAAUCAGGAUGACUAAUUACCUUGACUACAUGGUAUACUGCUUCGAGACUUGCAACAAGAAGUUGAAAGAGCUCGGAUUCAAUACCACAUUCACAAUGAUAGUCGAUUGUGACCACCAGAAGAUAGAUUUAGACUCAGCUAAUUUUUACUUUAAUUCGAUCUGGGAUGUGAUUAACAAGCACUACCCUUGCAAAAUGACCAAGAUUCAUUUAAUAAAAGUUGAACUUGAGACAACACAUAUGAUCCACGAGUUGAGACAAAAAGGUGUUGUUUACCACGACGAGCUCUAUGUUGCCUCUUUACUAGAAUAUUUCAACCAAUACCAGCUGAGCCAAGAUUAUGGAGGCUGAGCCUUUGAGGAAUAUGACAUCACCAAGCUACAACUGACCAGUGACUUACCUGGCUUCAUCACCAGUUAUGUCAAGCUUAAGAAUGACGUUACUCUUUAUUAAUGUAUGCCAAAAUUCAUCGAUUAUGAAAUA